CGCUGUCUUGAGUCAGGUCAAAGGUCAGUAGCUAGGUGUUUUAGUUUUGUGUCAGUGAGUGUUUGCAGCGGUAUUCAAAUUGUCAAAUGUAGAGAGUGUAGAAUCACAAGAAUUGAAAGGUUGCCAAUUACUACUAUGGGGAAGGAAGCCAUCCUGAAGGUUGCUGAACGAGUCUCCGUGGUAGAAAGCAGAAGGAUUCCACAGGAACUUCUGGCUCUGACGGCCGUGCUCGAUGGAUGUCAGGAUACGACACGCGUUUCGUCGAUGUGCCGAGAGAUAUGGCGGCUGGAUCUGUUACGCGUCUGCAGCCGGCUGUUGCGCACAGACUUCACACAGGUGCCCGGCAUGUGGCACACAGCCACAAAACUCGCUACGCUAAUCAGUCGGUGCUUAGUGGAACUGCAGUCACCAGAGACGGACAGCACUACAUUCAGGGACGAGUUCCUUCCAUCGGCUACCGAGAGCUUACUCAAUCUUGCCGGAAACGUUCAGCAGAAGUGGUCGCAAGUUCCCCGGCUCGAGCAGUACGCGGAAGCCAGGAGCAGCUUGCGGGAGGACUUGGCAGCUGUCAGCGCGGCUGUGCGGCGACUGAUGGUCCGGCAUCGCGCCGUAGUGCGGCAUGUGCUGUCAUCGCCACGGAUACUGCAGCUGCUGAUCACAGACCACGCUGAGUCGAGUCAGAUAGUGCUUUCUCUCCUACAGGAGGCGUCAUCAGUCGGAAGUGAUGCCAUUGGCAUGGUUACCGAUAGUGUCCUGUGCAGCCUCUUGGACGAACUUGUCUACAAGCUAUGUACAAGUAAAGAUGCUAGCAUUGGCAAGAGCUCGGCACAGAUCGUGAUACUGCUGGCGCAGGCAGACAGUCGCGUGAUAGAUCUUCUGUGUUCCCGAUUCAGGGGCCUGGGCUCAGUUCUCAGGAGGUGGGACGGCAAGGGACUCAACACCGAACAAGGGAAGCUUGCUGCGUUCCUGAAGGCCGGCUCUGCAGAGGCUGCCGGGAUGCAGGAGCACAACAAUGCUGCUGUGAGAAUUCAGGCAUACUUUCGUGGCUACAGGACAAGAAGAAGGCUGGAGAAGGCAAACUUGGCAUUUGCUUCAUUCCACAAGCAAUACAGAGAACGGAAAGCGAAGAACGCUCAAUCAAAGUCGGAAGAGCAGCGCCAGGGGGCGCUGCGGCAGCGGCUUCUCGAGAGCAGGCGACAGGCUCUGCGGAGGCUGAGUGUGAGACAGCUUCAGUGUAUAGAGAUUCUUCCAGCAGGUGAGGUGGACCGGUACUUGCUGCAGCAGCAGGAGGCGGCGGCCGCGCGAAUCCAGGCCUGCUGGAAAGGAAGCCGAGAGAGGAGGAGGCUGAGCGGGCGACGAGCGAGGGCGAGGAGGGAACGAGCAGCGUCCACGCUUCAGCGCGCUGUGAGGCGGUGGCUGAGGAGGAGGGAGGAGCGGAGGCAGAGGCAGCAGCUGAAGCUGUUGCCACCCUUGAGUGACGAGGAGAGAGUGAAGCUGAGUGAACAGAUAGAGGAGUGGAGAUACAAACAUCCGGUCGACGCCGGUAGCCGCGAACGGCAGGAGGCUCGACACCAGGAGGCCGGAGAGCUGCUCGAGCGCCACCUGGCGACCUUGGUGUCUCGCCGUCGCCGGGAGACGCACGCCGAAGCCCUUCUCGCGAGGCUGCGACUCGACUCCCAGCUGUUGCUAGAUGCGCCAAAGCUGAGCGAUGUGACUGCAGCCGACAUUGAUGUAUACACUUCACGCAGCACGCCCGUUGCCAUGACAGCACGGCAGCAGCACGCCGACCACCUGUCAGGGCUGCACGCCCCCUGGUGGGAAAAACUAGCGGAUGCGGACGAAGAUGACAACUGGCUUGAUAGUGAAAGCGGACCCUGAUGACAACCGAACAAGCUAGAUGACGUCGUGCUGACUAAGUGUUCUAAAGUGACAACACCUGCCAUUUAAUUAUGCAAACUGUCGUAGUACUGUAGUAAUGAAUUUUCAAGGAUUGUGUUGUGCCUCAGCCCUGAAUUCUUCAGAACUGAAUUGUGAAUAUGUAUUAUAUUCUACUAUAUAUUUUAGUACAUCUUUUCGUUACCAACGUUGACUAACUGUCGUGUCAAUCGUAAAUGUUCACGAAUGCUGCAUUUGAAUUUUCACAAUUGAUCUAGAGUCUUUGGUUUUAAUGUGUACAAGUUGAAGCAAUACAUGAAUAUUAUGUACAGCGAUA